AUAUCUUUCAGGUUAGAUUACAUGCAGGUGGCGACCAACUCAAGUGUGAAUUCAACAGAUGAAGACACCUCUGUUACUCCACAACUCCUUUUUACUGCCUCUUACAGAACUGCACCAGCCUGUAAUGCAGUCUUAGAUGGCAAAAGUGGAACUUUCACCAGUCCAAACUUUCCUGACUCCUAUCCUCUCAAUGCCUGGUGUCUGUGGGUCAUUAAGUUAACUGACCAGAAAGAAAAGCUUGUCCACCUCAGCUUUGACACCUUUCAUCUGGCUACUCCCCAUUAUGUGAAGGUCAUGAGAGCCGUACAUCAGAACGGCACCAAUGGAAGCGAACCUGAUACGAUUGGUCAAUAUAGUGGUGAUGUCAUACCCAAUGAUGUGAUCAGUUCAGGAGAAGAGUUGUGGGUGUGGUUUUUGUCAAAGAGUAAGAGUACAUCAGUAAAGCAAGGAGUGAAUGUUUCUUAUGAAUUGAUUGAUUGCGGUGGAAAUAUAACAAAGAUCUCAGAAAUUGCAACACCUGGUUAUCCAAAACCAGUCUCGAAGAAUACCACAUGUGUGUGGAUUGUUACUCUGCCUCCAAAAACUGGGAACUCCACAGUGAACAUCAUCUCCUUUGACUAUGAGAUUCAUAACUUUAUGAAUGCGACUGGAAACCUGUUUGAAAUCCGUGAUGGUGGUUCCUCCCAGUCUCCACUGGUCCAGAUGAAUUACAAGAAUGGCAAAAGUCCAUCUAUCCUGUCCACUAGUAAUGUACUGUGGAUUAAGUACAGAUAUCAGCAUUUAAGUGGCCCAGAAGUACCAGCAGGAUUUGCCUUCAGGAUGGAUUAUAAAAUAAAAGAAUGUCCCCUGUCAGAUCAGUGUGACAAUGGUAAAUGUAUUCAUGCUGACUGGAAGUGUGACGGCAUCUACCAGUGUCAGGACAGAUCAGACGAGAAAGGCUGUGCCAAACCUGGCACUCUCAGCUCAGGAGCAGUGUCCUACCUGGCUCUGGCCUUGUCUAUCCUUGGGUCACUGGUGGCUGGAUUCCUGAUAGCUUGCCUCAUUCCUUACUGCUACAAGCGCUACAGGUUUGCUCGAUACAGUGAGUUGUUGUCACCAGUCCCCACCUAA